UGGCGUGAUGUUGAGGCUAUCAUCCAUUGUCAUGCCUGUCAGGUCGUUUACUUGUAGGCCUACAGGUCUUGCACAAUCUUUAGGCCUACCUGUACAACAUGCCUAUAUAGACGGAUAGCUUCACGUUAAUGACCUUUGUCAUAACCGGGUAGGCCUAUAUAAUUACAAAUACGUAUGAUUGUAGUGGACAUUUUCUUAAGUGAUAUAGACGACCAGAAACUAUAGACAAACUUUAUCACUUAAAGGUCAAAGAAAUGGGCUUGUGGCUAUAGAUACGUACCCUUCUCUCGGUGACAAGAUCGUGGUGUGUGAGUCUUCCGGUUGUUGAGGAAGCGGGUGGCGUCACCUUUAGCUUGGUAUGUCUCGCAUGCUGUCUGCGUCCAGUGGUAAAAGGGGUAAUCGCUUUUAUGGCUUAGCAUGUUCCCAAAGCAUGACGAGUUCAACCUCAUUAGAUUCCACUGGACGGCAUCCAGUCGUGGACAACACAUCGUCAGCAGGCGUGGAUCUGUUUACCAAGAAAGAUGAUCUUUCAAGUUUGGACCAAAGAAAAUAUUCGGUCAGUAGCGGGAAACACCAGUUUAACCAUCUUAGUAGGGACAGAUCAGAUGCCCGUCAUGGUCGAAGAACUCGCCGUCUAUCAAGGUACAGUUCCGAUUCUGAUGUUACCGAAAGUGACAGCAAAACAGGCAGAUCGUGUCGCAGAAGAAGUAGAUCCCGUAUGUCCUCUGAAAGAAGUGGGAAACAAGGAAACCGGUAUUUGAAACCAUGGACUGACCCCGAUACCAGCGACGAUGGUAGAAAAUCAGAGCACCGUGCAAGACGUAGAUUCCGAAAUGAGGAAUUGAAUAUUGGCAGAAAUCACGGAAGAACAUCCGUACCUAAGAAGUCCACAGACCGUGGAAGAAAGCGCCAGGAAUUCAGACAAACGAUGACUUCGGAUUCGGAUUCGGACUGGGACCGAAAAUGUGUGGUUAGGAUGUCCUCUAAACACAGUGGAAAAGGUCGCUUAGGUAUUACAAAAAGAAUGCGUUCAAAGAGAAGUGGGAAGUCUGGUUUCGGAUAUUACGGAGUAGAUGACUCAAGCAAAGCCAGAAAAGACGACCCAGGUAAUUUUACCACUGACAGAGAAUUGGUGAUGAAGAUGUUGAAAAGAGAAAACGAGCUAAGAUUCUCGCAAGAAACUCAGUGCUUGUAUGACAAAGGAAACGGGUUACCUGGGCAUGCUUCAGUACCACCAGGAUCCAUAGAGGACAAGAUACAAAUACAGGUGCUCCGAGAACACAAGAUUGAGCCUACAUCCGCAAACAUCCAUCAGUACAGGUGUCUCAACUAUCUCUUUAGGGACGAUAAAACGGUACGAGAGCUGGUGGUUUACAUGAGCAAAGAUCGCAGUCGAGAGGGCGACCUCCGCAUGGGCGAUAAUUGUCCGGAUGUUCCUUUGCUAAGCACAGACCUGGUCAAGCUCAAACUGACCGAUUUGUUCCCAGAAGAUGGAAAACCUCUGAUGGUCUUUGCUGCGUCAAGAAGCUGACCUCCGUUCCAGGUCUCUGUGCUGAACGGAGGCUUGCGUGAGCUUUACUUGCAGUACCGGCAGAGAGCUUCUUUCCUCAUGGUGUACAUCUUGGAGGCCCACGCUAAGGACGAAUGGCCCCUGGGUGUGGAGAGAAGCUCAUUGCCACAGCACCUCACCCACAAGGACAGGGUAGCUGCUCUCAGGAAGCUUUUGUCGGAGGACAAACAUGGAACCUUCUCUGAAGAUCUUAACUGUGAAAGCGGAAUUCCCGUUGUUGUGGACACUAUGGAGAACAAAUUUAACGAGCUGUUCGCCGCUUGGCCGGAGCGUGCGUACGUGAUCAAGAACGGUAAGCUGGACCUGAUCACCUACCCUGAAGAUGGCUACCUUCAUGAGUGCGCCCGGAAAUACCUUCAACAGCUGUAGCGGUCCUGUUGCGAUGUAUCUCUUUAUAUUCUCCGAACACCAAACUAUAUGUCCCAGAAAAUAUUUGAGGUAUUAAUACCUGCACUCAACUAGAACCUUUCCCUAGCACUCUCAACAUAACCGAAAAUCUGUUAAGAAACUAUUCUUCAAGAAAAGAAGGGAAUUUUAUUAAACUGUUACUACCAAAAUUAAGUGUGCUUAUUUAAAGUUUUAAUUUUGUGUAGAAACCCGUUUAUGUCAUAACGUGUACAGAUUGAUGUACAACUGUAUUGAAUUACACCAUGUAUAGUGAGUUCAUCCAGAACAUAGAUCGUUGUAGAUUCCAUGACAGCGACAGAUGAAAGUCUACGUAUACAUUUGUCUCUUGACCACUUUUCUGCAACGUAUUACUUCACUUUUAAGUCAAGACAAACAACAUGUUGGAUCUAUUUGUAUCAUAUAUUUAGCUACAUAUUUAUGCAUUGAUACUUGUAUGGCCCAGUCGUCCAUACGUAAUCCACAUAUACUUUUCUGUAAUAUGUGGUACAUAAUGUAUACAAGUUGUACAACAGAAAGCAAAAUAUAUAUAUGGAUUUAAUGACAGAAACAGAUGAAACAUGAUAAACGUUUGUUUCUAGAUGAUUUUCUGUAUAUUUUCUGCAUGCAUUAACCGAAUAGAUAAAGUGGUGAUAAUGAAUGUAUUUUGUUUGUGCGUUUGCCUGAAAUAAACUUCUCAAGCACCAUUCUCAAACUGUCCAUUGUUUCGUUUUGUGACUGAUCUGUAUAAAUGUGUACCAUUUUCCAACAUUUGAAACAAUGAAUUGAGUUGCAAUUAAAGGACAGAGGUAU